AAUGGAUGGGGGAUUAACUUUUUGAGUAAUGAGUGCAAACAUGAAUGACCUUCCAUAAAUUUUUAUCUCCGAAAAAAGAAAUCAAAAAAUGACCUCCUAAAAUUUUAUCAAGAGAACACAGAGACAAAAUUGAGAACCAAAUCCCAACAAACUCACUCUGUAACCAAAGCCAAAACAACUCCCCACUGCAAACUCCUCUAUUGCUUGCUUUUAUUAGUAAUUUUUAAAGUUGUUGGCCUAUCUAUUCCUUCCUAAACACCAAACUCUCCAAACUGCCAUUGAAGAUUUAGCCAUCAAUAUAUAUCUCAUUUUCUUGAUUUUGCCAUCAAUCUAAAAAAUGGAAGAUUAUUACUCCUCUAUUCCAAUGCAGAAAACAAGCAGAAUCAUCAGAAAAUCAAUCUUUAUUUUUCUACAGAACUAUGAGUUCUUCACAACAACAGCGGCUUUUUUUGCCUUCCCUUUUGCUGCUUCAGUUCUUUUGCUACAAUCAGUUAUCCCCACCUUAUCCUUUUCAAUAGUAAUCUACGAGCGUUUGCAUUUGGUUUUCGACGCAGCAGGGUUCCCAUCUUCAUCAGAAUUCUUCACUCUUCUCAAUUCCAAGAUUUCUCAAACAAUUGUUCUAUCUUUUCUUGCAUUCCCUUUCACGAUUUCCUUUUUCCUCUUCAGCAAAUCAUUAGUCAUCGAGUCUCUCUGUUACUCAAAACCAUCUCAUAGAACUACAUUUCCUUCGUAUUUCGACCUUCUCAGUACCCAACUCUGCAACUCUUUACUCAUCCUUUCGACAUACGCCGCCUGUUUCACUCUCCUCUUCUUCAUUUUCAAUCUUUUUGAUUGCGUAUUCGGCCUCUCGUCUCCCAGAUCAGUGCUUCUACUGUCAGCAACUGGUGCAGUAAUCUGUUCAAUCAUUCUCGCAAACACUUUAAUCAUUUGUAACUUAGCAUCGGUUACAUCAGCAAACGAGAAAAUUGGGGGCUACAUGGCCAUUCUGAGAUCUUGUGUUUUAAUCAGAGGACGAACAGCAACAGCAUUAUCACUAGCAGUGCCGUCGAACUUAGCUCUUGCUGCAGUCGAAGCUCUGUUUCAAUACAGAAUCGUAAGAGCUUAUCAUCAAGAAAAUACCACGUUUUUUCUUCUUGCUUUAGAAGCAAUGUUCAUUGCUUAUAUGUAUUCAGUUCUUCUGGUUCUUGAUACUAUAGCAAGCUGUGUUUUCUACAAAAUCUGCAAAACAGACGAACUGGGAGUUUUUCCAAUUUUGCAAAUUUCUCCAUAUCAAGAUGAAAUUCAAGACGGAGAUGAACAUACAAUUGUGAAGAUAAAGACAUUAGAGGAAUUCCCUUGAGUUUUUUUUUUUUUUUUCUCUUCAAGUGGUUAAGAGGAUUAUGUUUUCUUGAUUAAUUUUUCAAUUGGAUAAUAAAGAAAGAGUCUUGGUCUCUGCAGGAGUAAAUAUUGUUGGAUAUAGGAAGAUACCAAGCAAUUACUUAGGGUCAUUAAUGUACUUUUUUUUAAGGUAAUCUUGAGAAUAUCCAUUGAUGUAAGCUAUACAGCCCCAUCAUAUUCUCUCGCAGUUUUUUCUGUAUACAGUUAGCUGAAACUUCGGAAUAAACAAUUGGAAACUGUUUAUAUUUCAA